UAGGCACGAUUUCUAUUGUAGGGAUUAUAAUGAAAACGAUACCUAACUAAUUGCGAUACUUACAUGCAUAACAUAUGCACAAAAAUAUACACAUCUACAUACAUUUAGAGAGAGAAGCGAGCAGGAGAGAAAAAUCACGCUUUGAAACCCUCACAAUCUCUCAAAGCUCGGUCAAAUUUCAAGCACAAAUCAUCCAGAAAGUUCGAAAUCUGAGUUGAUUCGCCUGUAAUUUGUUACGCGAUUCAUCAUCAAGCAGUUGUGGAUAUCUUUUACCUUUGAGAUUUGAGUGGGCUUUAAAUUUCACCAGCUAUUCAUUGUGCUUGCAAAAUGGACUGGGAAAAUAGAGAUGUAUGAAAAGUGUAUACAACUGAAAUGCUUUCAGUUUGUCUUGUGGGAGCACGUGGAGUAGGUUUUUGUCAUCCUGAGAACAUAUUUUUUGUAUUCAAAUUGGUUGUCUGCUACAGAAAAAGACCAUGCUUGAUAUUGCAGUGUGAAUGACUAUCUUCCAGAGUAGUAGUCUUGGUGAAAGGGAUGCUGAACAGGCCAUUACAGCUUUAAAAAGAGGAUCUUAUCUACUCAAGUAUGGCCACCGAGGGAACCCAAAAUUCUGCCCUUUUCGUCUUUCUAGUGACGAGACAUCACUAAUAUGGUAUACUGGGAAACAGGAGAAAGAGGUUCAGUUAAAACAUGUUUCCAGAAUUAUUCCUGGACAGCGAACUGCGAUAUUUCAUCGUUAUCCUCGGCCAGAAAAAGAAUAUGAAUCAUUUUCGCUCAUAUAUGACAAAGGGUCAUUGGAUCUGAUAUGCAAAGACAAGGAUGAAGCUGAAAUCUGGUUUGUGGCCCUCAACGCACUACUAUCACGGGGUAAUGGUCAAGUAUUAAGACGCAGAGGAAGCAGCGACAGCCUCUCGUCUAGUGGUUCAAGUAAUCUUCCAAAAGGACAUUCUCAGUCAUUUAUUUCAACAAGCAGCAGUGAUAUAGUUUAUGAGGAUCAGGAGAACACACAAGCACUUCAAGGAUUUUCUGUGAAUCCCCCUCGGAAAAGACUGGGAAGAGCAUUAUCAGAAUUAUUGUUAUAUGAUUCUGCUGCUCAAUUUUCCCCUCAUAGAGAGUUUGAUGAAAAGUCUUUUAGCAUGCAAUCAUCGCAAGAUGCCCGCAACCAGGCAGAUACUUCUCGACUUAGUAUAUCCAGUGCCAUGAGUUCAUCAGGCCCGGGAUCUCCUCAAGAAGACCUUGAUACAUUUGGUGAUGUUUUCAUCUGGGGAGAAGGAAUCAGUGACGGGCUAAUAGGUGGUGGUUUCCGUAGAAGUAGUUCUUCAACUCCCCUUAAAGAUGCACUUUCUCCGAAGGUUCUAGGAUCAGUUUUGGCACUAAAUACCAAAGAGGUUUCCUGUGGUAGCAAGCAUGCUGUACUAGUUACUAAACAUGGUAUGAUAUAUAGUUGGGGAGAGGGGUCAGGCGGAAGGCUAGGCCACGGAGUGGAUGCUGAUGUUCCCAAUCCAAAGUUCAUCAGUGCUUUUAACGAAUUGGAAAUUAAAUCGGUUUCAUGUGGAGAAAAUCAUACCAUCGCUAUUACGGUAUCUGGGGAUCUUUAUACAUGGGGUGAUGGUAUCCACAAAUUUGGGCUACUUGGGCAUGGGAAUGAAUUCAGUCAGUGGAUCCCUAAAAGGGUGAGGCAGAUGGAGGGUAUGCAUGUAUCUGUGAUCUCAUGUGGACCAUGGCAUUCAGCUAUUGUUACAGAAACAGGUCUUCUGCUUACAUUUGGAGAUGGGACUUUUGGUGCCCUGGGCCAUGGAGAUAGAUUUAGCACAAAUAUUCCCAGAGAAGUAGAAGCUCUAAAAGGGUUACGGGUAGUGACAGUAAGUUGUGGUGUCUGGCACACUGCUGCUGUUGUAGAGAUAAGUUCUGAUCAUUCAAAUUGCUAUGGCUCAUCAAGUGGACAUCUCUUUACUUGGGGGAAUGGGAACGAAGGGCAGCUUGGUCAUGGGGAUGAUGAAUCUAAACUUGUUCCAUCUUGUGUGGUGGUGUUGAAUGAGAUAAACUUCUGUCAAGUAGCAUGUGGUCACAGCAUCACUGUUGCCCUUACAACCUUGGGAAAAGUAUAUACAAUGGGUAGCGCUAAACAUGGACAGCUAGGGAGUCCUGGGAGUCCUGGAAAGCUUCCCAUCUGCAUUGAAGGUGAACUCAGAAGCAAUUUUAUUGGAGAAAUAGCAUGUGGCUCUCAUCAUGUUGCAGUGUUGAGCUCAAACUCUGAGGUUUACACUUGGGGAAAGGGAACAAAUGGACAAUUAGGCCACGGGGACCUUGAUGACAGAAAUAUUCCUACACUUGUCAAAGCUCUUAAAGAGAAACACAUUAAGAGCAUAAUAUGUGGAUCCAAUAUUACAGCUGUUAUCUGUUAUCAUAAGCAGGUAAGUGUUGCUGAUUAUCACAUGUGCUCUAGUUGCCAUGCACCCUUUAAUUUCAGAAGGAAACGUCACAACUGCUACAACUGCGGACUAGUGUUUUGCAAAGCUUGUAGCAGUAAGAAAUCUUUAAAAGCUUCUCUGGCACCAGAUAUGAACAAGCUUUACCGUGUGUGUGAAAUUUGUUUUUCCAAACUAAACAAGGUUGUCGUAAGCACAUCCCCUGUACUACCCCCCAAAGUCACAUGUGGGAAUACAAAAGCCAGCUCUGGUGAAACCAAGGAGCAAGAAACCUCGUUGAUUAAAACAAACAGUGUACUUUCUAAGCUUUCCUCUUUUAAUUCGUUCAGACGGUUAAGCAAUUCACAAUGCAAAAAGAGUAUGAAACAGAACUUGAAUAGUGGACUUGUAUCUCCAAUUCAAAACAGAAGUUUUCGAAAGGAAAGCUCUUCUACUUCUAAUUCCUCAGCUUCUUUAAAUGAAUGUUCACAAAUUGUAUCUCCUUCUCUUCCUAGCUCAGUAGUAAAUUCUCUUACUUCUUCACCAGUUUCCAUUACCUCAAGCCCUUCUCAUCCCUCGUCACUCGCAUUAAAUUCAGCCGCUCUUGCAUAUCCUAAUAUCAUUCCAGAUGACUCAAAGAAAACAAAUUACAACCUCAGCAAAGAAAUAUACAUACUAAGGGAACAGGUGGAGGUUCUCACUCGCAAGUCUCAACUCCUGGAAGCUGAACUCAGCAAAAAGUCAAAGCUGCUAAAAGAGGCAACUGAUGUUAUCUGGGAUGAGAAGGCGAGAAAUGAGGUGAAUGGAACGAAUCAGAUGCUAACCAGAAGACAGCAAUGAGGUCUCAGGUGUAUUCCUUGGCAAUUUAUCAGGUGCAUAUGGUGAAGCAUCAGGAUCUGAUUUUACAGUUAUCUCGAUCAAAUUGACCAGCUAGAUGCCUCGAUGUGGCCUGAGCCUGUAGUCACAAGUGUUGAUAUUUUAGUUUUUAGGAAAGGUCACAGAGUUGUACAGUAUAUAUCUGAUGCUAUCCCAUAGGGGAUGCAUUGAUCUAUGACAGCAACACGUUUACUUCAACACAUACUUUCUAGUUUCUAUUACAGCUCUA